UCUUCCGGAGUGCGGCGCCCGUUGCGCGUACGACACAUCCGGGCUCCACGAGUCGGCGUAACGAACUCCCACGAUGAAGCGCGUGUUUGUUACUGUAGGGAGCACGAGUUUUGACGAGCUCAUAACACGUGUGUCGGCUGAGGAGAGUCUCCAUGUGAGUGUCGGCGUCGAAAGGCUGCGGCGAGCGCUGCCGCGCUUUGCUUGCCGCUCACCGCCUCCGACUUUAUUGCUGGCCUUGCCAGGCUUUCCUGACCGAAGCGUUCCGAAAGAAAUUCCCGCCGCUCUGCUUCAGAUCUUCAGGAGCCUUGGGUACAGCCAGCUUACUCUCCAAAUUGGUAGAGGCGCGGUGGUGCCCGAACCGUUCAGCGCAGACUCCUUUACUCUGGACGUGUACAGGUACAAGGAUUCCUUGCGGGAAGACCUUGAGAGAGCAGAUCUUGUGAUUAGUCACGCAGGUGCAGGAAGCUGUUUGGAGACUCUGGAAAAAGGCAAGCCACUGGUGGUAGUUAUAAAUGAAAAGUUGAUGAACAAUCAUCAGCUGGAAUUGGCAAAGCAGCUACACAAAGAGGGGCAUCUCUUCUACUGUACCUGCAGCACGCUUCCUGGGCUGUUACAGUCAAUGGACUUAUCAACACUGAAAUGUUAUCCUCCUGGCCAGCCAGAAAAAUUUUCUGCAUUUUUGGAUAAAGUUGUUGGAUUACAAAAAUAAACAUUAAACUCUCGACACUUUAAAAACACUCCCAAAUCCAAUCUGUGGAAUGUGAUUAAGUCUAAUUAAAUACAUAGUUAUACUUGUAGAAUAAUAUACAUAAGCUUCCUACAUCUAUAGUAUAUAUGGGAAAUUUUAUAUUGUAAACAUUGCAUUUAGGUCCAAAUCCUAAUUGAAAUUUAGCAAACAUACUAGAUUUCCCUAAUCUUCAAUAUGUAGUAUGGAUUCACAGGUUUUGUCCUAGAAUCCCAAAUGGAUUUGGCAUGAAAAAGUGAGAUUUGGAAAUGUUGAAAAGAAUCAUAAAUAUAGUUUGAUGUUCCUUAGAGUAAAACGGUUUUUUUUUUUGGUACCGGGAAUCGAACUCAGGACCUUGCACUUGCCAGGCAGAUGCUUGUGCCACUGAGCUGUAUGCCCGGCACUUAAGAGUAAAAACUGAAACAGUAAAAAAGUUAAAAAUUUUUUUCAUGAGAACCAGCAUCUUUAGUAUCAUAAUCUUAAGGAACUAGUUUUUUUUUUUUUUUUAGAGGAAGUAUAAGUGAUGUGUUGUGCUCUGAAAUAAAAAAGGGCAGGAAUUGCCUAGAAAUAAUGAUCUAAGUUAGUUGAUCUAUUGUACUGGGAGAGACUUUAUCUUUAGGAGUAGAGUGAGGUGGAUAUGUUCAGUUUUUUUCCCCCUCUACAAUAUAAAGUGAAAAAAUACUGCCCGAUAUCGAAGCUUUAGAAAAUUGAGAAUAAAUAAAAAUGACUUACACCAACAGAACUUACUGUUGAUAUUUAAAGAUCCCCUCUCACAAUGGUAAUGAAACAUGUACCGUAUUAGGUAAUUUGACACUUUAUGUGUUUAUAAAAUUAGUUUUACAAAUAAUAAAUAUAUAAUGGCUUAAGUACAUGGUUUUAGAAUUCAUGGGUAUACUGGAAUUGUUUCUAAUUAGAAUAUGUAGUCUUAAGACUAUUAAGGUAGAUUAUUUCCACGUAUGCAUAGUUCUUUGGUAAAAAGUUUAGAUAUACUUCAUCUGUGAAAGUAGAACAUUUACUAUACUGAUCUACUUGCAGUUACAUUAUCCCAAAACGUUAAAAUGUUUUAAACAUUUUACUUGGGAUGCACUGUGUAAUGUUUUUGUAGAUUUAUUUUCCUGGUUGUGUUUUACUUAGGCUUCUAUUAAGAUAAAUUCUUUACUAAUGGUAGAAGGUGGUGGCUGAGAAGUACUCUGGGUAUCAGGAGGAAGCCAACUUGGAUUAAAAAUAUGCUGAGAGUAACCUAAAAAGUGAGUAAUCCACAUCUACAUAGUUGAGAAUUCACAACACCAUAAUCAUAAUUGUAUUUUAGUGUUAUAAUGAUGUUUUAGAAAAGAUCUUUUUCAAAUCCAGGGAGAGAUUCUUAAAUGUUUUAUGGGCCCUCUUUUAGAAAUGGUUUUCUCAUUUUGAGAAAAAUUGUGACAUAAAAGUUUAUAUUGGUUACUCAUUCUUUAUUUUGUGGCCUAAAGGCUAACCAAUGUCUACUCAAAAGUCAGGCAAAAAGAAAAACAGUGGACCCCCAAAUCUUUUCUACUUUUCCAAAAUAAUGUAUAAUCUACCUUUUAUUCAAAAGAGAUUUAAAUAGCUCAGCAGCACAAUGCUUCCCUGGCAAGCACGAGGCCCUGAGUUCGAUUCUCAGUACCAAAAAAAAGAGAUUUAGGCUGUGGUGUCAAUUGUAUGUAGUAACAUCUUCACACUUCUGUGGACUUUUGUAUUGUUUUAUAUCAAGGGGUACUUUAGAAUAUCUUUCAUUUGGCAGGGAUUGUCAAGAAUAUUUCAUCUAAUCCCUGGGUUAGAUGAAGAGAGAUCAGAGAUUAUAGUUUGCCCAAAAUAACAUGUGGAAGAGCCACUAAAAGCAUGCACCUUGACUCUCAGUCUUGUGCUUUUUUUUCUAUCAUUCUGUAAUACACAUUUAAGCUUUUUGUUUAUAGUUUUUUGCCUACCAUUUAUUCAUCCCUUCUAAGGAAGUUUUUUUAAAAAAAAUUUUCAGUUCUUUGUUUUAGCGGGAAUUUCACACUUAACUAGAUAUUCCUCUGUUGUAUCACAACCUUAUUUAGGACUUACAAACCUGCGAUUCCUGAGUUUUUUUGAAAUGUAGCAAAAUGCUCUGGAUAGCGCUGAUAAGCAAAUUAAAACAAAGAAUUGACUUGUGGUGUCUGAAGAAAAUAAUACAAGCCACAGAUUUUACACAUGGCUAAGAUAAAUUCCAAGGUUACAUCUUACUGGUCCUUAUGAGAAAUGGCAGUAAAACUUCUAUUUGAUGUAUUUUACAAUAUAAAUUUUGUUUCAUUACAUGGUAUGGCUUUAGGUUCUUAGGUCAGUAAGUACAGUGUAAUUUUUUUGAGUUUUUUAUCAGAGGUAUUAAAUUUCCAGGUACAAAGAAGUAGAAGUAUAUUGGAGUAUUCAUACCAUGGACAGGUUUAGAAAUAAACUGCUAAUACUUUCUGAUGUUGGAAUAGAUGAAAAGUGAUGUGAUCUUCUGAGAUGGCCUUGGGAUUUAGGAAUUUUAGGUAAUGAUACUUACAAUUGGGGAGAAAAAAAAAGCUGGAAGAAUUUUGUAAUAAGAUAGUCUAAGCAGUGAACUUAAUGUAGGGUUCUAGAACAUUUACAAGUCUCUAAAAAGUACUACCAGGUGUUUGAUUUUAGAUACUUCUAGUUUGCAUACUUUUAAAGGUAAAUCAUAUAUAGGCACAAAGGAUAGUAUAUAAAGGCUAAGACUGAAUAACUAGCAGUAGUGUAGGUAAUUUUCUUAGCUCUUUACUGGGCAUAAGCAGUUAAUCCCACUGAUUUGUAGAGAUGACUGGAAAUCUCCAUUCAGUUUGAGAGAGAUGGUUCGUGGACAGCUUUUAAGUUGAGUUUUAGAAAAGAUUUGAAAUGUGUGCGCAUAAUAGCCAUAAGUUUUCUGCUGUACCAAAUGGUAACAUUUUUAUGGGGAAGUGGAGAAUGAAGAAUUAAGUGUGAUUAACACUCGUGAAUUAUUAGUGCAUAUUGUGCACUGUUGAGCACAUUUUAGACCUAUGAACUCGUUCAGUGUUUAUAGUAAUCAUAUAGUAACCCUAAGGAAUUGUUGAUACUGUUCCAUUUUGCAAAUGAAGAAACAGCUUAGAAGCGCAAGGUCGUGAGUUCGGUUCCCGGUACCGGAGAAAAACCAAAAAAAAAAAAAAAAAAAAAAAAAAAAAAAAAAAGAAACAGCUUAGGAGGUUUUUUAUGCCGUCUGUGACUCUAAGAGAUGGGAAAUAGUCUGGAAUUUGUAAUUAGAGCACUGAAUUUUCAGCAAAUUUCCAGCGUUUAUGGGGACAGUUGAACCAAAUAUUUGAGAACAGAUGACCCAAUAAUUCAGAUUGUAUGUAACCUAUUAGAGUUUUUAGGUUGCUGUUUGUUUAUUUAUUGCAGUACUGUGGAAUUAACCUAGGGCCUUCAAACUGAGCUACAAUCCUAGCCCUUCGUAUUUUUUUAUUUUGAGACAGUCUCACUAAGUUUUUAUGUUGUCUAGGCUGGGCUUAAAAUUACAAUCCUCUGUCUUAGCUUCCCAGAGCGUUGGGAUUAUAGGCACACAGCACCAUGCCUGACUCCUUUUUGAUUUUUUAGUUUUGAGAUAGCUUUUUGCUGAGUUGUCCAGGCUCUUUCCAUUUUACAGAUGAAAAGCAGACCCAGUCAGUUUAAGUGGGCAAAUCAAGUACAUAAUAUUCUUUUCAUGCUCCUAAGAAACUAAAAUAGUAACUCAAAAGCAUUGUUACAUACUGUAUAUCUAUAAUUGUAUUUGUCACAGAUAAUAACAUGCUUUUAUGAAAUAGCUCACAGCCAGAUGUGGUGGCACAGAGCUGUAAUUCCAGCACUUGGGACGCUGAGGCAGGAGGAUCACUAUGAGUCUGAGGCCAGCCUGGGCUACUAUCUCAAAGAAGAUAAGGAAAAAAAAACACCCUUCCAGCUAAUUUAGUUGAUUGGACGGGCAUAUUGGUGAACACUUAUAAUCCCAGGACUUGAGAGGCUCAGGCAGAUCUCAUGUUCCAGCCAGCCUGAGCUCUACAUAGUGAGCUCAGGGUCACUCUGAACAACAUAAUGAGACUAUGUCUCAAAAAAAAUUUAGUUUUAAACAUGGAGUGUUAUCUUAGAAUUAAAACUCUGAGUAUUUAUAUGUUUUACCAAAAUUUCCCUGUUCAUUAAGUGAAAGAAGAAGAAAUAAUAAACAGUUCUAGCAGCUAAGUUUUUUUUUGAGCAGAGAAUAGUUAGUGGACCACUUCAUAAGGUAGCAGCUAACAGUAAUUGAUAUCUGACUAGGCACUAAGGCUAAGGCACUAAGCACUGAACAUCCCGUGUCUUAUAAUUAUUCUAACAGCCUUAGUUUUAAGCCACGGAAAAAUGUCUAGAGCAACAUUUCUCUUAAACUUUGAAGCAUUAGAAGAAAAACUGGGAAAAAACAGGUGAAACAGUUAUUAUAAAAGAUUCCUUAGGGCCUUUAAUAUCACUAAUGGGCACUGUAAACCCUCAAAGCUAAGAUGGUGGCAUGUAGUGUUUAUUAAAAUUUUGACCUUUCCUUGAAAUUUAUCUUUUUAGGAAUAAUAAAAUAACUUGUGGAACACAUUGUUCUAGAGCAGUAGUUCCCAAAGGGUGUUCUCUGGAUCAGCAGUAUUAGAAUGAUAUGGGAAAUUGUUAGAAAAGCAGAUUCUUGAGAUCCAUGCCAGACAUGCUAAAUCAGAAUCUCUGGGCAAGAAGUAAUCUUUUAACAAGACUUCAGAUUAAGUGUCACUAUUCUAGAAUUUUACAAGAUUGGAGUAGUUUGCUGUGGAAAAUACCAAAUUGGGAUUUCAAGUACCGUAUAUUUAUAUAUCAAAGGACAAUAUUAAAUACCUUGAAAUUGCUCCUGUUACGUACAAGAUGAAGUUAGCAUUAUCCUACAGAUCUUUUUUAAAAAAUCCUAUUGAUUAUAUACUAAGUUGUAGAAUGUAACCUAUACUUUAUUGUUUUCAACUUUUGUUCAUCUUUUCUACUUUGGUAUGUGAUUCUUUAUAAUUGUGCAAACAUCUACAGAUUUUGUACAGUUUUAGUUCCAGUGUGAUUACUGAUAGGUUGUGAAAAUGGAAUAAGUCUUGUCAUUUGAAACCUGCUCAUUUGUAAAGAAGAGGUCUUGCGGCUGUAAAAGUUUACUUAUUUUCACAGUUUAUUAUGCUAUUCUGUUUCUGUUCAAUGACAAUAAAAUGCUUCAAUUUAAUUUUUAAAA